AUUUCACCUGUGUCGAUAAUACAGAUCUUUUGUGACCAUGUGAGUUAGAAUUGAAGUGUAGUGUAGGGUGCGACACGUAUUUUAGUGACUUCCAGUAUCUUCUGCUAACUAUGUAAGGUUAUGUGUGGGAUUAUUUGCUGCUUCUGUUCAAAAUUGUGUAUAUAUAUAUACAGCAAUGAUUCCACCCGUCUUAAGAUCAGCAGUUUGUUCUCUUAUGAACACGAAGAUUUUUUCUAUUGAUAGUAUAUCGAAAAUAUCGUGCCUGAACUUGGCAUGUAGAAGAUGUAUUCAUUUAACCUUAGUUGAUUUAAAAAAAGUUCGAGUAGAUAAUGUAAAAGUUAACAUAAAAAAUGUAAAUAAACAAAUUACUUUCGAGGGAGGGAUUACUGCCUCUAUCAUAGAAUUUUCUGGUGAUUUGAGGUUUCCUGAUCAUACUACACCGUACAGACUAUUUGAUGGGGUAAUGUUCAAAGAUUUACCAAUCAUUAACGUAAAGGCAACAGCGAAUAACACAAUAUUGACACUUACGGAUAGUCAAGGUUUGGUGAAAGCAACACAUUCUGCUGGCAUCGAAGGCUUUAAAAAUGCUAAAAAAGGUACUAACAUCGCAGGGCAACAGGCAGCCAAUACUUUUGGAGUGCGCGCUAUUAACAAUGGUAUAAAGACCGUUCGGUUAACGUUACAAGGUAUUGGACCAGGCAGGAUGGCAGCCAUGAAAGGCUUAGAGUUAGCAGGAAUAAAUAUUGUUUCUGUCACAGAUACUACUAGAGUAUCAUGGAAUCCUCCAAGAGCGAGGAAACCAAGAAGACUAUAAUGAAUAGGAUGUAUCACAAAAUAUCAAAUAAAUCAACUUGAUAGAAAGAUA